AUGGACCCCCAAGCGACGGACCGCGCUAGCCCGGCGGCGGGAGGAGGCUUCGGCGGUCGCCCGGCCUCCCUAGGAGCGGACGGGGGUGACUCGGAGUCCGGAGCGGGCUCGGAGGAGGCUGCCAUGGGCUGCAGCGACACGUUCAGCAGCCUGCCCGACAUGGAGCAGGAGUCUCUGGAGGAGAAGCUGAGGGGACUGGCGUUCAGAAAACAGACCUCGUACCGGAAAGCCAUCUCCCGUUCAGGCCUCCAUUACCUCGGCCCACCCCAGCAAACACUUCCUCCAGCGUCCAACGGCCCCAGCAAGGAGCUACGUGCCUGCGUGGACUGGACGGAGAACGCCGUGAACGGCGAUCACCUGUGGAUGGAGACGAGUUGUUCAGGGGAGCUGUGUUACCUCGGAGAGGACGCCUGCCUCUUGAAGACUGCAAAGUCGGCCCCCAGGAAGAAAUGUGCCGCCUGUAAAAUCGUCGUUCACACCGGCUGCAUAGAGCAGCUCGAAAAGAUUAACUUCAGAUGUAAGCCGACCUUCAGAGAGGGGGGAUCCCGGUGCCUCAGAGAUAAUGUACUGAGACAUCACUGGGUUCACAGACGGAGGCAGGAGGGGAAGUGUAAACAGUGUGGAAAGAGUUUUCAACAGAAGUUCUUCCACAGUAAAGAAAUCAUCGCCAUCAGCUGCUCUUGGUGUAAACAGGCUUUCCACAACAAGGUGACGUGUUUCAUGCUGCACCAGAUCGAGGAGCCGUGCUCACUGGGGGCCCACGCCGGAGUCAUAGUCCCCCCCUCCUGGAUCAUCAAAGUCAGGAAACCGCAGAGCUCCCUGAAGAACUCCGCCCGGAGGAAAAAGAGGACAUCUUUCAAACGAAGGACGAGCAAGAAAGGACUGGACGACUCCAAAUGGCGUCCGUUCAUACUGAAGCCCCUCCCUUCUCCUCUGAUGAAACCCAUCUUGGUUUUUGUUAAUCCCAAGAGUGGGGGCAACCAGGGUGCCAAGCUGGUGCAGAUGUUCAUGUGGAUCUUAAACCCUCGACAAGUCUUUGACCUGUCCCAAGGUGGACUUCGAGAGGCGUUGGAGUUGUAUCGCAAAGUGCCAAACCUGAGGAUCCUGGCCUGCGGUGGCGAUGGAACAGUGGGGUGGAUCCUCUCGGCUCUCGAUGAGCUGCAGAUGAAUCCCCAGCCUCCGGUCGCUGUGCUUCCUCUGGGAACAGGAAAUGACCUCGCCAGGACGCUCAACUGGGGCGGGGGUUACACCGAUGAGCCGGUGUCGAAGGUUCUGUGCCACGUGGAGGACGGCGCGGUGGUGCAGCUCGACAGGUGGAACCUCCUGGUGGAGAAAAGCUCCGUCCAACCCGAGGAGGGCACACAGAAGCUUCCCCUGGAUGUUUUUAACAACUACUUCAGCCUUGGCUUCGACGCGCACGUCACUCUGGAGUUCCAUGAGUCCAGAGAGGCCAACCCAGAGAAGUUUAACAGUCGCUUCCGCAACAAGAUGUUCUAUGCAGGGGCUGCAUUCUCAGAUUUCCUCCAGAGAAGCUCCAGGGAUUUGUCCAAGCACGUCAGAGUGGUGUGUGACGGCACAGAUCUAACAGCCAAGAUCCAGGAGCUGAAGUUUCAAUGCAUCGUGUUUCUCAACAUUCCCAGGUACUGUGCGGGCACCAUGCCGUGGGGAAACACCGGCGACCAUCGAGACUUCGAGCCGCAGCGCCACGACGACGGCUGCAUCGAGGUGAUCGGCUUCACGAUGGCCUCGCUGGCGGCGCUGCAGGUCGGAGGUCACGGAGAGAGACUUCACCAGUGUAGAGAAGUCGUCCUCACCACCUUCAAAACAGUACCUGUGCAGGUGGAUGGUGAGCCGUGCAGACUGGCUCCGUCCACCCUGCGCAUCUCCCUUCGAAACCAAGCCAACAUGGUCCAGAAGAGCAAGAGACGGACCUCGGUGCCCCUCCUCAACGAUAUUCAGAAGGUGUGUGCAGCUGAUCUGCGCCGCCUCUCUGCUCCCCCCGACUCCUUCUCUGUUCCUCACGCCGUUCCGGACCGUUUGCGCCUCCGAGUUAAUCGGAUCAGCCUGCAGGAGUACGACAGGCUGCAGUAUGACAAAGAGCGUCUGCGGGACAUCUCAAUCCCAGUGGGCAUUGUGGUGGUGAGAGGAGACUGCGAUCUGGAAACCUGCAGACUCUAUAUUGACAGAUUGCAAGAGGAUUUACACCAGGCGCCCUCUACUGGCCACAGAGUGCACUACCAGGAUGAAAGCAGAGGCGUCCCCACAUCCAGUUCCACCAGUCGACUGUCUCCUCACUGGAGCUUCCUGGACUCCACAUCAGCCGAUCGCUUCUAUCGCAUCGACAAAGCUCAGGAGCACCUUCACUUUGUGACCGAAAUAUGUCAGGAUGAAGUGUUCAUCCUGGACCACGAGGGACCCCUGGUGAGCCAGGGCUCGUCCAUCGGGAUGCCAGAUCUGGUGGUUGAACCUACAGCUGGUGCUGCUUUGUCACACGAUGAACAAGCUCUUCUGUCUGCAGCCAGUUCUGGGGAUCUCUCCCUGCUGACGGAGUGUGUGCGUCGAGGCGUCAGUUUGUUGGUGAGAGACUCUGAAGGCUGUUCGGCGUUACAUUUAGCUGCUCAGAACGGACACACGGACCUCGUCGGCUACAUUCUGCAGCAAGGCUCUAAAAUUCUUCUGGAUUUAACAGACAGAGAAAAAGGAGACACCGCCUUGCACAAAGCAGCCUCAGAGAAGCAGCAUGCAGUGUGUCGACUGCUGGUGGAAGCAGGCGCUUCACUAGAAAAGACCAAUUUCCAGGGCAAGACCCCGGUGGACCAGGCAGAGGGAGACUCUGAGCUCACGUCCUACCUGAGCUCCCAACAACGCACACCACCGUCCGCCACUAACGAAGACCUGGAGACGGCCGUCUGAGCAGACGCACACGCUGGACUCUGGACUCACCUGCAGCGGAGACUUACCGGGACAGAAAAGGGUUUAAAGGACAAACAGGGGCUGGAUCUGACUCUGCACUCGUCCACUAUUUAUUUGUAUUUAUUUAUUCAUGUCCUAUUUAUUAGUUGUGCUGGUUGAUUGAUGGACUGAUUGAAUUUUAACAGCUGA